UGUUGGAGCCCCGGCCAUGAAGCCGCCGGGGCGGCCCCGCCUCGUCCCGUCGCGGUUCGCGGAGGCCCCGCAGGGCCCCGGGCGGGGCCCCGGGAGGCCGUGGGGGCAGCGGGAGAAGCGGGCGCUGCUGGCGGCGCUGCGGGCGCGGGAGGCGCCGCUCGGGCCCCUCGAGGCGCUGCCGCUGAGGGCGCUCCGGGAGCGGCUGCCCCGCAGGAGCGAGGCCGAGAUCCGGGCGUUCCUGGUGCGGCUCCGGGGCCGGGCGGCUCGGGAGGCCCUGACGGCCAAAUUUGGGACCUGCCUGAGGCUCCAGCGCCGGCUCCGCGCCCCCAUCCAGGUGUGGCAGGAGCUGGCACAGACCCUCGGGGGGGGUCUCGAGGGAGCCACUGGAGCCGCCUUCUCUCAGGUCCUGACGGUGGCAGCCACGGAGCCCCUGACCCUGCAGCAUCCCCGCCCCUCCCCUGCCUCUGGGGACCCCCUCGGACUCCCCCCGCAAUUUGGGGACCCCCGGACCUCCCCCGGCUUUGGGGCCCCCCGAGCUCCGGGACCCCCAAAUCCGGAGCCUUUCAGCGUCGAUUUCCGGAGGGUCUACGAGUUCCUGGCCCGGCUGGCGGGGGCGGAGGGACCCCCCCUGAGCCCCCCAGAGGCCGCCGUGCUCGUGUCCUUACUGGGAGCCCUCCCGGCCGAACUGGGAGCACUGGAGCAGCUCCGGGGCCUCCAGAGCCACUUCCGGGGGGUCUUCGGGGCCCUGACGACCCCCCAAAACCCGGGGGGGACCCCCCAGGACCCCCCAAAAGCCCCGUGGGCGGGGGUGGGGCUGUGCCCCCUCAACCUCUUCCUGGUGCCCCUGGGGGCCCUGGGGCGGGCAGGGUGAGGGGGGACCCCAAAAUCGGGGGGGGACCCCAAAAUCUGGGGGGUACCCCAAAUGGUGAGGGGGGACCCCAAAUGUUGAGAGGGGACCCCAAAUGGUGAGGGGGGAACCCAAAUACUGAGGGGGGAUCCCAAAUACUGAGGGGGGACCCCAAAUGUUGGAUGGACCCCAAAAUCUGAUGGGGAUCCUAAACCUGGUGGGGGGGCCCAAAUUCCAGAGGGGACCCCAAAUGCCAGGGGGGGACCCCAAAAUCUGGAGGGACCCGAAGGGGUGGACCCCAAAUUCCUUGGGGUGGGUUCCUGAAUCCCGGGGGGGACCCCAAUAUUCAGGGGGGAUCCCAAAUUGGGGCGGGUCCCAGUUCACGGGAGGGGACCCCAGAUUUGGGUGGGCUCCCCAAAUUCCUGGGGGAGACCCCAGAUACUUGAGGUGGGGGGCUCAGGAGGGGCCGAAAUCUGGGGGGACCCCUCCCCUCGCCCCCCGCGUUUUGGACAGGGAGGAAAUAAACGCUUUGAAUUGC